UUGUAGCUAAUGCUACUUUCCACCUAUGUUGAACAAACCAAUGGCAACAUAAAUAUGCCACGUUACUGAAACAUCUUUGCUGCACGGUAAGGCGCCGUUUGGUCCCUUUGAAACAUAUUCGGACUGAUAAUUCGUGAAUACUAACCAGAAGUCCUGUCCAUUGCUAACUAGCCCACAGAAUAUCAUGCUAUUACACCGAGUAGACUAUUACACUACAACCGUAUGCUUUUACAAAGCAGUCGAAGCUCGAUGAAUCGUCACUCUUGACAUUGAUUAUCUUGACAUGACGUGAGAGAGAUAUGGUUUAACACCAGCUGUGAGAGCUGAAGAAACCCAGUUGAGUGUGGGUCUGAUGCCGGGCUCUAAAGGCAGGAAGCAUGCAGCAGAAGCGGAACAUUCAAAUCAUAGAAUGGGAGGACUUGGACAAACGCAAGUUCUACUCAUUUGGAGUAUUCAUGACCAUGGCCAUCCGUGCCACAGUUUACCCUUCCUCACUCAUCCGCACCAGGCUGCAGGUUCAGAAGGGAAAGUCGCUGUACACUGGGACCUAUGAUGCCUUCCAGAAGAUACUCAGAGCUGAAGGUUUGAGAGGACUUUACAGGGGCUUCAUGGUGAACACUUUCACGCUCGUAUCAGGGCAGGCGUACAUCACCACUUACGAGCUGGUGAGGAAGUAUGUCUCCAACUAUUCCAAAGACAAUACACUGAAGUCAUUAGUGGCAGGAGGGUCAGCGUCACUGGUGGCCCAGAGCAUUACUGUUCCUAUAGAUGUAAUAUCCCAGCAGCUCAUGAUGCAGGGGCAAGGGGAGCAUCUGACCCGCUUCAAAACAGUUUCAGGAGCAAAGCAUCCAUUAUAUUUUGGGCAGACGAGAGACAUUAUUGCACAGAUAUUUGCUGCAGAUGGUAUUCAUGGAUUUUACCGAGGAUAUGUGGCGUCUCUCUUGACAUACAUCCCCAACAGUGCAGUCUGGUGGCCAUUUUACCACUUUUAUGCAGAACAGUUGUCCAAGAUGGCUCCAAGUGACUGCCCUCAUCUACUGCUGCAGGCCAUGGCUGGACCUCUAGCAGCUGCCACUGCCUCCACCGUCACCAACCCCAUGGAUGUCGUCAGGGCAAGAGUUCAGGUGGAGGGCAGGAGAUCAGUCUUGGAAACAUUUAACGUAUUGAUUAGAGAGGAAGGAUUCUGGGGGAUGACCAAAGGCCUCUCUGCUCGCAUCAUAUCUUCAACACCCACAGCAAUAGUCAUGGUGGUUGGUUAUGAAACUCUCAAAAAAGUCAGCCUACGGCCAGAGCUGGUUGACUCCCGACACUGGUAAAAAAAAAAAAUGCUUCAGUGUGACUUGGCAGAUUUCAUUUUGUAUUUUUAUGGAAAUAGUUUUAGCUGACUGUAACAUAGCAGCUAGUGAGCUCUUUGUUAUUGCAUUUUAAUGGAAAACACUGCUCAGGUUUGCAAGAACUAUUGUAAGAGGCACAUUCAUUUUUCUGAAUGAUUUUUAAGAAGUAUGAGAUCUAACAGAUUUAAUGUUUUUGAAAAGGAGAGUAUUUUGUCACUAAUUUAUAAAUCAUUCUAUAAGUAGUAUUUUAAAUGUCUGUUUUGUCACUGCUCAUUUUCAAAAGUAGAUACAGAUUAUUUAUUUUAAUGUAUUUAAUUUAAGGAACUCACUGUAUCAAGCUGUCCCCACAUUGUACUAUUACUGAAAAAAUUUAAUACUUUUAAGGUGUAUGUACUGUAACUAUCUCCUCAUGUGCAUUUUGUCCUUGUUUUUUUUGUGGGAUGUUUGAAGUUGCCAAAGUUUGCGGAUAUUCAAGGAAAAAAUGUGUAUCUGUUGCUGGAGGUGAAGAAUGAAAACUUCAGGUUAUAUAAAGUGUGUGUGUGUGUCCUUCAGUUUCAUUUUAAGUUAUUAGCCGAACAUAUGAUGCAGUUGUGUAAGUAAUAACAGGAACAUAAUCCAGUUACUUCAUCAAAUACACAUCAUUCAGCCCAUGUGGAUUAGGCACUGUGCUAUUAUAUCUGUCACCACUAGGGAGCAGACGCUUACAAAUAGUUGCCAGGUAGCGCUGUGUAUUUGGAGAGCAUAUAAGAAACCAAACUGAAAUGGUCUGCUCUAGUCUAUUUUAAUUUAACCAUACAUGUGACAUCCCACUCAAUUAGAAUCCCAUAGAAAUGUCAAUUAUUAUAUAUUUUGGAGCUGCUGGUGUUUUUGUGGCAUAACUGGGUUUUAUUUAUUUUAUUUUGUUACAGAUUGUUUUCCUGCUGUUUCAUUUUAGCCUCAUCAGGACUAAUUUGCAAC